AUGAAAGCAUGGUCAGCAGAUUUCAAUUUGCAUGAUGGAGUACUGAAAACCAAUCCCCUGUGGGUCAGAUUUCCUAAUUUGCCGCUCAAUUGUUGGAGUAUGAAGGCCCUAAGCAAGAUAGGUAGUGCUUUGGGAAAACCUGUCUAUGCUGAUGAGUGCACUACUAGAUCAAUUAGAAUCUCUUAUGCAAGAAUGCUAAUUGAAAUGGAUGUCACUAAACCAUUGCCUAGAACUGUGAAGCUGCAAGAUCCGAAGGGCAAAACAAUACUGCAAGAAAUUACAUAUGAUUGGGAGCCAGCAUUCUGUGCUAAAUAUUUGAAAAUGGGCCAUGAUUGUAAUGAAGUCAAAGCGCCAAAACCACAGAGAAUGAUAUAUCAGAGGAAGGAGGCUGAACAAAGUAAGAAGAAUGAAGCAGUCCAAACAUCAGAACAAGGGGCAAAGACAAAGGACAAUGAGAAACAAGGAAAGGAAGAUGGGUGGAUAACAGUGAUUGGUAAGUCAGCAGCAAAGGAAACCAAAGCUAAACAAAAUGAGGAGCAAAACCUGGUUGGAAACAAUGGAUUCCAAUCUCUGAGAAAUGAUCAAGCAAAUAGUGAUCCAGGCACAAACUAUAUGCAGAUGAGGAGUGUAGGGAUGCAGGAGCUGUAUCAAGUAAUAGCUCUAGUUGAGCACAGAAUAAAGGAACAGAAAACUAGAGAUGUAAUGAAGAAGAUUGCACCUGGAUGGCAAUGGAUAACUAACUUUAGUACAAUGAACAGAAGUAGAAUUUGGGUGAUUUGGGAUCCUAGAAUCAAUGUGUUUGACCCAACUGAAAUUGAUGAGCAGCUAAUACAUGGGCAGCUCAGAACAGUCUCAAAGUUGUUUACGAUUGGAUUUACAGCAAUCUAUGGGUUACAUACUAUCAAAGACAGGCAGAGUUUGUGGAGAAAGCUGAGACAGAUUCAUAGUACACAACAGGGGCCUUGGUUAUCAAUGGGAGAUUACAAUGCUGUGUUAAAUGACCAAGACAGACAACAUGGCUCUGUGAUACAAGAUAUGGAGACAAAAGAUUUCAAGGAGUUCAUGAAGGAUACUGGGAUGAAUGAGUUACAAACUGUGGGAAGGGAAUAUACCUGGACAAAUAAUCAUACUUAUAGUAGAAUAGAUAAGGGAUUGGUUAAUGCUAACUGGAUGCUGACAAUCCCAAGCGUGAAAAUACAGGUGCUAGAACCAUGUGUGUCUGAUCAUUCUCCACUUAAACUAAUGAUUAUACAGAUACAGAGGAAGAAUAAUAGGCCAUUCAGAUUUUUUAAUUGUAUAGAAGAUCAUCCUCAAUUUAUACAGCAUGUUGAGAAAGUAUGGAGUGUAGAUGAAACAAAGGGAACGAUACAGGAAGUAUGGAAUAAGCUCAAAAGGGUCAAGGAGGUUAUAAAAGGGAUAAACAUACAACAUUAUCAAAGGGUAGAAGAUAGAAUUAAAGAAGCUAGGAAGGAGUUGCAAAUUGUUCAAGAGCAGAUGAGUGACAGAAUGCAACAGCCAGACUAA